AGACAGAUUUGUGACGAAUAAACAGACUACUGGUGAACGAGCCCGAGGUGCGGCACUUUAUAUUGCAUCGUCCUUUCAUAGAGAGAGCAGAUCAUCUGUUCAGUAUUUUAGAGACCCAAAUGCCUGGUCCUACCCAAGCACUGUCCCCAAAUGGAGAGAACAACAACGACAUCAUCCAAACGGACGGAUCCAACUGCAUUCCUUACAGAAAAAAUACAGUGCGAGGAGAGCGUUCCUACAGUUGGGGGAUGGCGGUUAACGUGUAUUCUACCUCAAUAACCCAGGAGACUAUGAGCAGGCAUGACAUCACUGCCUGGGUUAACGAUCUUCUCGGCCUGAACUACACUAAAGUAGAGCAACUCUCAUCAGGAGCGGCCUACUGCCAGUUCAUGGAUUUACUUUUCCCUGGCUGUGUCAGUCUCAAGAAGGUUAAGUUCCAGGCAAAAUUUGAGCAUGAGUACAUUCACAACUUCAAGCUGCUCCAAGCCUCGUUCAAGAGAAUGAAUGUGGACAAGAUUAUUCCGGUGGAGAAGCUGGUGAAAGCUAGAUUUCAGGACAACCUUGACUUUAUCCAGUGGUUUAAGAGGUUCUUUGAUGCCAACUACGAUGGUAAAGAUUACGACCCAGUUCAGGCCAGACAGGGUCAGGAUGCUAUCCCCCCACCUGACCCUGGUGAGCAGAUCUUCAACCUUCCUAAAAAGUCCCAACACCACGCAGCCAGCUCCCCCACUGCAGGAGCCACCAGGGCAAGCGCCACAACCCCAAAACCAAAUCCCUGCAGCCCCCAUCCGUCCUCCAGACCCUCUUCAGCCAAACGAAUCCCAGUCGCUACGCCAACCACAACUCCGGCCAAAGGGGAGCGGGAACUGGAAGCACAAGUCACAGUGCUAAACGACCAGGUCAACUCAUUAAAACUCGCACUGGAGGGGGUGGAGAAGGAGAGGGACUUUUACUUUGGAAAGCUUCGUGAGGUGGAAGUGCUGGCACAGGAGCAAGGUCAGGAAAGCGGACAGUUUGUGGAGCGACUAAUGGAGAUCCUGUACUCUGCGGACGAACAGGAAGGUGCAGGAGAGGGAGAGGUAGAAGAAGAUGUGGACCCAGGAGUUCAUGAAGAGGAGGUUCCUGAUGAUCAACAGGAUGAGUACUGACUUCCAUCCUUCCCUGUCCAUGGCCACAACCUCGUCCCCACCACAUCAUGCCCUUUUGUUUUGUGAGAACUUUGUUACAGGUUUUAUUUUUGUUUCUUCAAAAAGAUGUCCCUCAUGGUUGGUUUUCAUUUUUUUUAUUAUUCUACUGAAGACUGAGCACAUGAAGCAACCACUUGAAAAAAAGCACGACAUCCCUCCGCCGCUCUGCAUUCAGUGUGUUUUUGUGACUGUCGGUGAUAUGCUGUGAGCAGGAUGCUGUUAUUACAUAACGUCACAUGCAGGCAUGCUCAAAUCAUCACAGAAGUUUCCAAUGACAGUGGAAAGGGUCAUUCAAAAUGUUAUGUGGUGAGAGACGUAGUAUGGAGAGGACAGAUAGUGUUUUAUCUGUCAGCAAAUGUUACGUAUGUUGCCUGCUUCAGUUGAUCCCAUAAUCCAUCCAUUAUGUAUGUUGUUUCAAGGUCCUUUUUAUUUUUCUGUUUAUUUUGUACAUUUUUACAUAUCAACCAUAUUAAUCAUGAGAACGCAAUAAGAAAAGCCCUGAAGGGUCUGUAGUAGCUAUUUAACCUUCCUCAAUAUGCUGCACUAACAUUUGACUCUGGAUUGGACAAUCUGUCCAUAGACACUCUCAAUUCACACAAUUACAAAUGAAUUGCGAAAAACAAUAUUUAUUAAAAGCUAAGGAGAAGACUUGAUAUUGCCUUUACAUGAAGGGAAGGUACAGUCCAUGAGAAUCAUGAAUGAAAAGUUUUAGUGAGAGACCAAUUAUGACUAGAAUGUGAUCUUCAGAAAUUACUUAAAUAAGUGAUAAUCAGUGUUCUCAAAAAGGACUAAUUUGCACCAGAGUUGGUGCUACAGUGACAGAAAGGUUUGAUCAGUAUGGCUUCAUCACAAGGGAACAGAGCGAAUUUUAGUGUUUAGUACUUUGGUCACAAACUUAAAACUUCAACAUCAAGCCACCUUUGCAUUCAAUGGAAGUCAAGUAUAUUUCCAAUGUUUUCAUAUGAUUUCUGAACCACAGGUCUUGUGGUUGUGAGUCAGUUCACUGAGUAAUUUGACAUGCUAUAUUCCAAGUACAUACAUUGUAUAACCUUUCGUAUUGUUGCAUUUAUUCUUAUUGAACUCUGCAGUGCACCACAAUGCUUUAGUCAGAUAUUGUGUAAAUGAAAAGGAAUGUAAACAUGUACUGUCAAAAAAACUAUAAAUAGAUGAUGUUCUUUUCUUUUUUUCUUUUCUUCUGAUGUCCCACUCAUUAUGCAUUCCCCAAAAUGUGUUGCAUGUUUGCAUUUUAUUUGUGAAUAACUUGCUUUUUACAUAUUUAAUAAAAAACAACUAUGUUAAGUGA